CCCGGCAGAAGGAGGCCCAUCGACCUCCCUCGCCACCGCCGUCACCCGCGAGGACCCCCUCGGCCCUCCCUCGCCUCCACCCUCCUGUCCCACAGCCGAACAUCAAGCCACUACCACGGAACUGGCCAUCUCUCCUCGAGCCGAUUCACCUCCGCGGGCUAGAGGCUCUACGAGGGUGCUCGGCAAAAGGCGGCAGAUGCAGACGAUUGAUGCCUAUCUCCAGCCGGAGGAUGACGUAUUCCUGAGGGAGCCCAAGCCUGAGCCUGUUGAUAUGAACUGUUGGGAUGUUCAGCCUGGCCCGAUUGACCGUUCGCCAAGAGGUGUGGCAUCCUCGUCUGGGUUUCGAGAACCGCCUCCGCCGCAGUCUGAUCGAAAUCCUAAACAGAUCCCAGGUGCUAGAAACAGGGCAUUUCAGCGUUGCAGAAAUAGGGAAAUAACUACUUCUUCGGUAGACCCAACAUGCAGCUCAUUGAACAAUGGAACAGGAUCUGCAGUUGGAAAUGUUCAGGAAGCGCCUGGUUUGGACAUUGUUGUAGCAUCAUCUGCUACGGGUGAGAUUAAGAUGUCACUGAAAUGCAGUGUCGAUCCAUCAAAGUUCCGCAUGCCUGCUUUAGAAGAAGUUUUCAAGAUGGUUGAUGACAAAUGUCUUGGCUCAUCCAAUGUUCUUCCUCCUGAUUUUUCCGUUGGCAGCCUCAUGACUGAGAUAUGCCAGUGUGUUUUACAACUGGGCACUGAACAUGCUGUAGAGCAUACUACACAACCAGAUAUUGUUGGCAAUGGCUGCAGGUCAGAGGAUGAUAGGAAGAUGAAACAGAAAGCUGCAGAGGAAUUGUUGGUUUCUAAUGGCUCAGAGAAUUGUCCAGUGAAUUCGACUCCUGUCCAGCAGCAGCAUCUGGCACUAUCCACAUUGAGGAUUAACCAUGAUCUAACGGAUAUAUCCAAGGCAGAAGAAAACAUAAGGAUAUCAAUUGUAAAUGAAUUUGGCGGGGAGAAAUUUCCGCCUUCGUUCUAUUAUAUACCACAGAAUGUUGUAUUCCAGAAUGCUCUUGUUGACAUGUCACUUGCGAAGAUUGGUGGGGAAGACUGCUGCGCUGAUUGCUUUGGAAACUGCUUGUCUGCACCUGAACCAUGUGCUUGUGCAAGAGAAACUGGGGGUGAAUAUGCAUAUACAUUAGAAGGUUUGGUUAGGCCAGCACUUAUUGAUGAGUGUGUCUCUGUGAACCUCUUUCCAGCAGAAAAUCAGAAGGUGUUUUGUGAAACUUGCCCACUUGAGAGGUCUAGAAAUAAAGCUUCACCAGAGCCUUGCCGGGGCCACCUUGUUAGGAAGUUUAUCAAGGAGUGCUGGAGCAAAUGUGGCUGCAACAUGGAAUGCGGUAACCGCGUGGUUCAGCGUGGCAUAACAUGCAAUUUACAGGUCUUCUUCACUGGAGAAGGGACAGGUUGGGGGCUCCGCACGCUUGAUGAAUUGCCUAAAGGAGCUUUCGUUUGCGAAUAUGCUGGUGAGAUACUGACAUGUACAGAAAUGCAUGAAAGGGCCGUUGAAAACAUGCAAAAUGAUAGGUAUGUACAUCCGAUACUUUUGGAUGCUGGUUGGUGUUCUGAACUGAAGGAUGAAGAGGCUUUAUGCCUAGAUGGCUCAUUUUAUGGAAAUGUUGGUAGAUUCAUCAACCACAGAUGUUGUGAUGCAAAUCUAGCAGUGAUUCCUAUUGAAGUGGAGACUCCUGAUCAUCACUAUUAUCAUCUGGCAUUCUUCACAAGCAAGAAGGUGGAGGCUUUCGAGGAACUGACAUGGGACUAUGGCCUUGAUUUCGAGACCAAGAAGCAGCCUGUGAAACCAUUCGAGUGCCUUUGUGGUAGCCGGUACUGCCGGGGCAGGAGGCAUCAUUUGAGGAAGAGAAGCAUAGUAGCUGCUGCUGCCAUUGGGGAGGAAGGUUGAUGCAUUGCAAUGCAAUGGUUGCUUGGUUAGGGAGGGUUAAUUAGGGCAAUGUAGUUAAGGAAUUUGCAGCAGCGGAAGAAACAAUGUGUGU